AGCCAUUUUUUUGGCGCAGGGCGCCAGCUCCGGGCCAGGGCGAAGAGACCAGAGGGGCUUCCCCUCGAGCUGGCGAGCAGCCACGGUGGGGUCGCCGGUUCAGGGCUGCACCCAGGAGGCGUCAGACCCUGGACGGUUUCUGGUCUGGUGAGGGCGGCGGUGACAGCCAUGCCCAGCCCACGACCGGAGUUCCACUGGCCUCCAGACACCGGUUUCCUUAUCCAGGGGUGCCCUGUCCAAUGCCCUCACCGUAGCGCCUCUGCUGCUCUCGGCCGCGCGGCCAGCCAGCAAGGGCCGUGAGCACUCGCUCUUGGGCGACCUGCUGUGCUGCAGCUGUGGGCACCCCAGCCAGGGCUGCAGGCACCCAGCCGGUGCUGGAGAUGCUGCGCGUGCUGCCCGUGCUCGCAGCUGCGGCCGACGUAGUGAGGCAGCCCGUUCCAGGGGGAGGCGCUGCGUCCAUGGUACCACUUCACGCGGCUCAGUGGCGAGAUGAACGACCCCAACGGACUCCAGUGGCGGCGGCUGCAGGGUGGUCAGCUGUCCUACGAGAUGUUCCACCAGCUUGGAGCCGGCCAGGUGUCUGAGGCGGCCUACAUAGCGCUGGUUCCGGCGACCGACGGAGGCCCCGCCAGGCAGCGCGGCGCCGCACCCGGCCUGCUGCCGCCCACCGCCUCCUCGGCGUGCCAGUGGGGGCGGGGGCGCGGCGGCGGACAACGGCACGGCCGACGACUUCACAGCGGUCAUGACCCCCGAGACCUUCACUCUCGCAACCGGGGAGCAGGUGUUCAUCUGGCUCGGGUCGCACGAAAAACGCUCACCAAUUCACUCUGGAUCACUGGCGCCGCAUCAAGGAGGGAGGGUGAAUUAUACAAGUUUCACGAAGAGCGGUUCAAUGGUAACCCAAGCAGAGGGCCUGUCGAUGUGGGAGGUGGCACACACUGCGGGCAAUCGAUGUGGGACGCCAAGGGCCGGCGGAUACAGUUCAUGUGGCUUAAGCUGAAUCUUCCAGGUGCCAAUUGGACAGGUGCGCAGACCAUACCGAGAGAAAUCGCACUCGCCCCUGCAGGUUCAAGCAGCGGGCUCUUGUUCAAGCCGAUUGUAGAGAUGGCCACCUUGCACGCGAGUGUUGAGCCGGCUAUCAAUGAGGCUUUCGAAACUGGUGCUCGCCGAGUGUUCUCACCACCUGACGGCUUACACUGCCAUGUCAAGGCAAAUCUGACAUUACAGGAGGGCAGCGCAGUUGCAAUCACAGUGAGGGAUUCUGAAGGCGACAUGGCAGAUGCUCACGGCAGCCUGCUGAUCUCGGCCCAGCUACAAAAUGGUGAGUAUACAGUUGUUUUUGGGGAAGCGUCGGUCCAAGUCUCACUUCCUGGCUCCCUGCGACUCGAGAUAUUUGUGGACGGUCCCGUGGUAGAACUGUUUGUGAAUGGUGGCGAAAGGGUGCUGACCACCAACUCCGGCAACCCUCAGUAUAUUUCGGACACCAAGCUCAGCGUCGAGGGGAAUGGUGUAGCUGCAACGGUUACAUUGCAGGUGUGGAGCAUGGCACAAGCUGUCUCUGGGCCGGGCGACCAUCAAGUAGUAGUUUAGUGGAUCAUGCCAGUGCACUCGGUGGACCAGUGGCCGCAGAAAGCGUCGACAAUUACAGCAGCAUGGCGGCCGCAGACCCCAAGCAGCACAAUCCAACAUCACGCAGGAGGCCAUACGGCCCAGGGCGCCGCCAGGCGAGGCCGCACCAGACCAGGCAGGGCAUUACAAGGCUGGCCAAGACGAGAAA